AUGUUCGAACACUUUAACAUCAAGUCGAUGCUGGGCUUCGAAAAGAAGACAAAGAGUCCAAAGGAUCCGAACGUGAAGAUGCUGCUUGCUUGGAAGCAGGGCGACCAGAGCAGUGGCAAGUGGGCUGAACGAGCGGUGAAGGAGCUGGUGAAGCGUCUGAGCAAGAGCACCGACGGUGGUCUGCUGACCAAGCUGGUAACAGCCCUUGCUAGCGGCGACGAGCAGAGCGCCUGUGUCCCGCUGGCGACGAACGUCGACGGGCGCAUUCAGCUCUCCUACCGAAAGGUGCUGCCACAUGUCGUCUUUGCCCGUCUCUGGCGGUGGCCCGAUCUGCUGAGCCACCGUGAACUUGAUUCGGUGGGCUCCGCUCUCUGUUCGUCUCCCUACGAGAAGAAGACGAAAGCGGUGUGCAUCAAUCCCUACCACUACCGUCGUAAGGGUGUGAAGGAGGAGAAGGCGAUUGGCGAGGAAGGGUUCGGAAUGCUCGCCAUGCCGCCCAACGUAACCGUCUGUUCGAUGGAAGAGGCUCCCCCGAUGGAGUACUUUUUCUAUCCAGUCGCAGCUGAAGGUUACUCCGAUCCACCAGUGAUGGCCGACAGCCCUCCUGAUCCUUCUUCUUCAAGCGAUGCCAGCAACGGCUCUCCUCCUGAAGCUAACUCAAAAGGAACGGCCUCCUCACCUGCUGGUGGUGAUAAUGGAAUUGCUGGUGGUAGCAGUGAAGACUCUCCAGAGAUAAACUUCGUGGCCGAUAAAGAUGAAGAAGCGGAAGCGCCUACCAUCGAUGAGCCCUCCUUCUGGUGCAAGAUCUCCUACUUUGAGCUGAGCAACCGCGUCGGCCCGAUCUUCUCGGUGACGAGCAACCCGGUGACGGUGGACGGCUUCACCAACCCGCAGAACGAUCCGGAGCGCAUCUCCCUGGGCAGCCUCAGCAACAUCCACCGCAACUCGACGAUCACCCAGACGCGGCUGAGCAUCGCCGAGGGCAUUCGCCUGCACUACCAUCCUCAGGGCGGGCAGCUCUUCGUGGAGGUGCUUUUCGAGCACGCCAUCUUCGUCCAGUCGGAGCUGCUUAAUCUGGUAGGCGGGCAGCCUUCGACCACUGUGACCAAGAUCACCGCCGCCGCCGGCCUGGUGAAGAUCUUCGACGAGGAGCAGUUCGGCGAGGUGCUGGUGGGGCACGCCGCCGCCGACUACCGCACGGUGUACCGCCUCACCAGCAUGUGCACCCUCCGCCUGUCCUUCAUCAAGGGCUGGGGCGGGGCGCCCUACUACCGCACCGACGCCGUCAUGACGCCCUGCUGGCUGGAGAUACAGAUGCGCCGGGCGAUGAUGCGCCUCGACGAGGUGCUCGUCCGAAUGGUCGGCCCUGAUGACGACACCGACAGUCAGUGA